CUUCCUAUCGGAGACCCAAGACUCCCUCUGGGAGGGUUUCCUGGGCACUCUAGGGGCAGACGCCUACGGAAAGGAAGCAGGCGCUUUCUUGGAAGAGAACACCGGACUGGUCCAGCUGAAGUGCAAGCCCGGCACCACAAGGGGGACAUUCCGGAACUGCAUGUAAAGAGACCUUCUCUGGCUGGAGCUUCCCGGGCUUAAUUACAAGUUGUACCGUCUGGUUACCGUGGUAACAGGCGUCGCGGUUAGUCUAGGAACCGAGAGAAGAGGCUUUAGAGGCCUAUUUUACUAUCAAUCAUGAAGACAUCCUCAAAAGGUCUACUCACCCAGCUUACUCAGUUCUGGACCCUUCUAGACGAUCUGGCUGAAAAUGACCCUGAGGGCUAUAAAAACUUUAUUGAACAAGAGCUGAACGAGGGAAAACAGCUAUGUGCUGGCCCAGAACCACAGUUCUGUGUACAGACCAGGAUGCUGAAACCAAAAGAAAAAAUGCUUUUUAUCAACCUUUGUCAGUGGAAAAGGAUCCCUGCUCCCAAAUCACUCACUCAUCCAGUACCUUUAAUUGUUGGCAGACCAGAAGACAUCUCUGAGACAUCAGAUACUUAUACAGUCAUCGAUGUUGCCUACAAUCCUGAUAUUCUCCAGACAGCAGAAAAGGACCAAGUGAAAAAAGAUCAGUUAGUAAAGAUGACUAUGAAAUGCAUUGAAGAACAACUCCAAUUCACUCUCUCACACACUUACCAUAUUACCAAAUUCAGAAUAAAAGGAAGCAUUCAAAGAACAAAACAAAAUCUAAUGGGAAUACAGGCUGAAUGCACAGAUUUAAAAGAGAGAAUGAGAAAGGAACAUAGUCUUGGACAGAUAAGAAGCAGUACUGUGAGCAAUCCAGAUCAAUUUCCUCAGCUGUUACUGCCCAAAGACCAAGUUUCAGGCAAAGCGGGACGUUUGAUAGAAGAGAUUUCUAGUACUGAAAUACAGGUGGAGAUGAAGAUACCAGUCUAUGAAUUAAAAAUUGUGAAGGAUCAGAAUGAGAAACCUCUGAAAAUUGAAUUAAAAGUUGAAUUACCUGGUAUUAAUUCAGUGUCUCUCUGUGACCUUAGCGUUUCUGAGGAUGAUUUACUGAUCGAGGUCUCUGAAAAGUACAGAUUACAUCUGAAUCUUCCAGAAUCUGUUAAUAUUGAAAUGACUACUGCAAAAUUUAUCAAAGAGAAAUCUACAUUAAUGAUCAUGAUGCCACUGGUAUAAAACAGCUGCACUAUGUUUGGGAUUUUUUAAUGCUAUAAGUCAUGUAAAUUAUAGAUAAAGAGGUAGUGGUUUAAAUAUUAAUUACAUAUUUUUAAGAGGUCACUUUGAUGUAUUGACAUUUUGCCUUCAGCUGUUUUAUCUAUUUUUCACUCACUUUUUCUUCUCAAAUAAAGUUGUCAUCAACGCCAAACUAUUAAAAACA